AUGGCCAAAAGCAAUAACUCAGAAGUGACUGAAUUCAUUCUCUUGGGACUCACAGACAGUCCAGAUCUUCAAGCCCUUCUUUUUGGAAUCUUUCUAGUGAUUUACUUAAUUAGUGUCAUGGGUAACCUUGGGUUAAUUAUGCUAAUUUCUAUUAGUCCUCAGCUUCAUACACCCAUGUAUUUUUUCCUCAGCCACCUAGCUUUCAUUGAUCUUUGCUAUACUUCCUCUGUUACCCCUAACACCCUGGUGAACUUCCUCCAAGAAUUUAAAAGAAUAUCCUUACCUGCUUGUGCCACUCAGUUGUUUUGCUUUGUCAUGUUUGUGGUCUGCGAAGUAUAUAUGCUCUCAGUUAUGGCGUGCGACAGAUAUGCGGCCAUCUGCAACCCCUUACUCUAUACCAUUGUCAUGAACAGAAGGGUCUGUACUCAAAUGGUGGUUGGCACAUAUUUGUAUGGCUUUUCUGUGGGACUGCUCCAGGCAACUCUUACAUUCCACUUGUCUUUCUGUGAUUCCAAUGUAAUAAACCACUUCUAUUGUGAUGAUGUUCCCCUGGUAGGUCUGGCCUGCCGUAAAACACAUUACAAACAUAUAAAGGAACUGAUGUUGUUCAUAUUUGCUGGUUUCAAUAUACUUUUCUCUCUUCUUAUUAUCCUUGUCUCCUACAUAUUAAUUCUGUUGGCCAUUCUGAGGAUUAAUUCUGCUGAAGGGAGACAAAAGGCAUUUUCUACUUGUGCCUCCCACCUGACUUCCAUCACCAUAUUUUAUGGUACAGUUAUCUUCAUGUACAUGCAGCCAAAAACAAAUCAUUCUCUAGAUACAGACAAAAUAGCUUCUGUGUUCUAUAUUAUAGUAAUUCCCAUGCUAAAUCCUUUAAUAUACAGCCUGAGAAACCAGGAAGUCAAAAAUGCUUUGAAGAGAAUUAUGGAAAAGGUAUGUUCUACUAUAAAAUAA